CGAUUGGCAUCAUGGUUGCGUUCACUUUUGUCGUCAAAAAGGAGGGCAAGAGCUGGAGCGCUCAGAGAGUCAAGGAUGAGGAGGGCCCUGAGCUGACGGCUGAGGCCGAUGACACAUACAGUCUGCAGAAGGAGCUCCUGCAGCUGGCGCUCGCAGAGGCCAGCGGCCCUUACAGAGUAUCGUUCAGCACAGUGUCCCCCACCUCCGCUGUUUACCAGGUUGUGAUCGGCGGCGCUGUGGCUGCCGGCGGCGGCGGCAGCGGCGGUGGCGGCGGCGGCGGUGCAGCGGCAGCUGAGGCGAAGGAGGAGGAGAAGCCGGCCGAGGAGGAGGAGGAGGAAGAUGAGGACAUGGGCUUCAGCCUCUUUGACUAGGCACCCAGCAAGAGUGCUUGUGUAGCAACUUACACACUGCUUGAAGCAUGUGCUGAGAUCGAUCUGCAGAUCCAUGCCCGUGGGCGUCUUUGUGCUUCCGUGUGGCCUUCUUUCUUUGGUGCCCCACGGAGUCAAAUGGCUGGGAGCAUGUAGGAGGCCGCGAAGUGCUUGCAGUGCAUGUACAGACAUGGUCGUGGGUCUGCCCCAAUUGAGUGUCAUACGACUUUUGGGACAUCAUGAAUGACAGGAUCGUGCAAAUUACUGUUCGAUCAGCAGUACUUCUGUGGCUCUUCAGACAUCCUGAUGAUUAUCUGAGUGACUUUACGUUGAUGACAUCAUCUGCCAUCGGCAAUGGGCCUCGGACACGGCAUUAAUGUUCCCUUGGCCA